AUGGCAUUGGAAAAUCCUCCGACGAGUGCGUCGGAGUUGACGUCGCUUCCAUCCAUGGGCUGGAUGCGCUUCGCGAGGGACCUGUUCGAUGUGUCCAUCGAACAGAUAUGCAUCCUUUCAGGAAUUCAAAGGAUGGAGAGUGAAGCGGAGGAGUUGAGAGAACUCCACGCUCCAAACACCACUGAGAACGGAUCAAAGUGUAUGUUGGCAAAUUCAGCGUCAUUGUUGAUGGCGCUGCAAACACACAAGAGUAUCGGGUUCGGCGGCGAGGUCGCUCCGAACCUGUCAGCGAUCUCGGAUGUAGAAGGCAUCCAAGCAGGGCGCACUGCAACAUCACUUGCAGUACGAGAACGAGAAGAGGGCCUCACCGGUACAGGUGGGUGCCGUGCCUCUACUCCAGUACGCGGACGCUUUGAACGUGAACCGCCCGGAUCUUCAUUACGCGUUUGCCGCGAUCCAGUGAGUGGAUCGGACGUUGUUUCGGCCGUCUUAGACUCGGCAGCCGAGGGCGAGGAGGCCUCGCCCUAUUCCAUUGGGACAUCCUCGAUGUCAGACCCAAAGUCAAUCUGCAGCGGGGCUGCCGUAGCUUAG